AUGGGUAAGCCCACAAAAAUUCCAUUGCUCACGCGUGUAACUGGAGGCCUUCUUGUAGCUCUAUUCUGUAGCUCCCUGUUAUGGCCCGAUUUCAUCAAUAACGCUUGCAAAAAGCUCCAAGUUUCUUUGCCGUUCAUUCAUGAGCAUGAAAGCCAUGCUAUGCGUGCAGCCCCUCUGAGGCUUCUCACCCUUAUUCUCCAUGGAACAAGUGGUGGAAGCAUGGAGUCCUAUGGGGAAGGUUUAUCCUGCAUCUCACACCCAGUCUCUGAUGUAUGUGUCAUAAUAGCAAAUGCGAGGCUGGACCCAUCAUCCUCCACUAUCUACUUACCUACGACUCGACGCUUGAACCGCACAGUGAAGCCAUAUGCAGGCAAGCUGGCCGAGAAUGCCAUGGCCACAGUGACCCCCAUUUUGGUGCGUGGUAGCCAAAGUGACGAGGCCAAGUCUUGUAGUGUUCACCAUAAUGUCCCUGCAGUGGUCUUCUCCACUGCAGGUUUCACCAGCAACCUCUUCCACGAUUUCAAUGACGUAAUCGUCCCACUCUUCAUAACCACCCGCCAUUUCGAAUCCAGGGUGCAACUCGUCGUGACUGAUCUCAAGCCAUGGUGGGUAAAGAAAUACAAACCCAUCCUUAACCACCUAUCAACAUACCCUGUAAUUGAUCACAAGCAGGAUUCGAGGAUCCAUUGUUUUCCUGGCAUGGUCUUGGGGCUUAAGUACCAUAAAGACAUGGGCACCUAUCCCUCAGAGACUCCUAAUGGCUACACCAUGUCCGACUUCAAAAAUUUUGUUAUGCAGGCGUUCUCUUUAGACCAUGGCCAAGUGCCUCCAGUUCUCGAAGUGCUCAAAAGACCAACCUUGCUCUUGAUAUCUCGGAGGAAGACGAGGGUGUUCCUGAAUGAAGAAGAGAUGAUUCAAAUGAUGAGAGAGGUGGGGUUCGAGGUGGCGGUGGUUUCAGCCCACAGGAUGGCAGACUUACAAAGGUUUGCACCAAUGGUGGCCUCCUGUAACGUGUUGCUCGGUGCACAUGGGGCUGGGCUGGCAAACUUCCUCUUCUUAUCACCUGGGGCUGUGCUGCUUCAAGUGGUUCCUUUGGGGUUGGACUGGGCUUCAACCAAUUAUUAUGCAGAGCCUGCCGGUGCCAUGGGCAUGCGAUACUUGGAGUAUCACAUUGUUCCUGAGGAGAGCUCAUUGUAUCAUAAGUACCCGCCGGAUCAUCCUGUCCUCACCAAUCCAAUGGUAAUUCACAUGCAGGGCUACAACGUCAGCCGCGCUGUUUAUGUGGAUGGUCAGAACUUGAGGCUCGAUUUGAAACGGUUUCGAGAGACACUGGUUCAGGCUAUGCAGCUAAUUAUGCCUACUCCUUAAGAGAGUUUAAGUCCAUCUGUUUGCUGCUAUAGAAAACAAUUUCCAUUUUCAGUCUUUUUUAUGUUCUUUUGGAUUUUCAAUUUGUCAUGUAAGGUUGAGAUUCAACCAUGCAACUAUAAUUCAAGUUUAAGAGAUAAAAUCAAAUACGCUACAACUGCCUCCUAACAUUUUUUUUUUGAAGAAGUUAACAAAUCCCUCGUAACAUUUUCCUUUAAUAGAAGUCUUCAUGCUCAUAGGUCGGUUAGGAGGUGCUUCUUGUGGCAACUUUGAGGUUUUUCCAGUCAUACAAUACCCUCUUACCCGACAACAGAGAAGAGAGAAGUACCUCGAGAAAAGAUAUUCAAUGAAUAUCCAAAUUUACUGUAGAUGGAUCAUCAAUGGGAUAUCCCAGUGGGUUUUUCUUUUCAUUUUGAUCCUAGUAGCUAAGAGUUCCACACACUUUUUGUCAAUUGAAACUUCUGUUUAUUCUCUCAGGAAAUCAUCACUAAGAAGUUGUUUUGAGAUUUCUGUUUAUUCUCUCAGGAAAUCACCACUAAGAAGUUGUUUUGAGACUUCCGUUUAUUCUCUCAGGAAAUCACCACUAAGUUGUUUUGAGAUCUUGUAACGAACAGGAUAAACUUUUUACUGUUCCUGGAUUCUUUUAGAGACAAAAUAGAAUGUGUGCUGCUAAGAUUUCUGUUUUUGCUAGGUUGUGGUUUUACAAUAGGGAAUGUGUCAUUCAUAAUUUUCUCUUUGCAAUGGUCAUGCAUUAAACUUUUCAAAAACAUAAAAACACGACGCAGCCACUUGUCCGAGAGUACUCCAACACUUCGUAGGUUUGCCAUAUUGUGAUCCUCAUGACACGAGAGAUCUAUGUCAUUGAGGGCCAUCAACAUCCAAUCAAUGGGAUGACGUGCAUGACUUUGGUGGCGGAUGCCACUCCGUCACCAUCAACCCACUAGUUGGAUGCUUAUGACCCACAUGACCACAUAUUACUGAUGGUCGUGAGUUAUCAUGAGCUUCUCUCCCUUAGAGAACACCCAAAAAUACCAUAAUCAACCUAAGGAGUCCAAAAGUUCCAGUGUUUCAAUAUGACACACUAGCAAACAUGUCCAAACAGGAAAGUAGGCCAGACACACCUGUUCAUGGUGCAUGCUACACAGCCAGGGCAGCCAGGGUAUCCACCAUCAUUCUCAAUGAUGGAUGGUAAAGAUAAACCACAGUUCUUGGGGAGCUAUGAUCACUGUGUACAAGUGGUCUACAAGUUGGACAAUGCUAAUAGAUGGAGCGCAUCCCAACUCUGAACACUAUACCAUCAACAAGCUGUCAAUGG